UAAAGGAGGAAACAAAAUUUCACUUCACUUACACCGUGCAACACAUGAGUGUUAUGGAGAACGACACUUUCGCAAUCCAGAACAUGUCAGAUUCCUCCUCGGAGAUCAAAAACACUGCCCUGGAGAAUGAUUUCACACCAUCAAAGCUCGGGACCAAAGACUACUGGGAUGAAGCCUAUCAGAGGGAGCUCCAGACAUUUAAAGACAUUGGAGAUGUCGGUGAGAUUUGGUUUGGUGAAGAGAGCAUGGAUCGAGUUAUCAGAUGGAUUGAAACACAAAAUCUAUCAGAUGACAUUUCCAUAUUAGACAUAGGAACAGGGAAUGGAAUAUUCCUAGUAGAACUGGCCAAACAGGGAUUCAAAAACCUCACUGGUAUAGACUACUCCUCUGCUUCUGUAGAGCUGGCCAAGGGUGUGCUGAGGGAAGAGGGAUUUACUGAAGUAAACAUCGAGGAGAUGGAUUUCCUCAAUCCUCCUUCCGACCUGACUUCCUUCGACAUGUGUAUCGACAAGGGCACAUUCGACGCCAUCAGCCUGAACCCUGCGGAUGGUCAGCAGGGUAAGGCGCAGUACGUGGCCUCCCUGAGACGGUUUCUGAGGCCCCAGGGCCUCUUUAUCAUCACUUCCUGUAACUGGACCAAGGAGCAGCUGCUACAGAUCUUCAGCCCAGGAUUUGAGCUGGCGAAGGAGCUCCCCACUCCUCGUUUUCAGUUUGGCGGAGUGACGGGGAACAGUGUGACGGCCCUGGUCUUCAAGUAUCAGGCCUGAGUCUGGCGGCCGGACUGAUGAACUCAACGAGUGUCAAAUGUUUUUUCAAUGUUUUUUUUUUUUUUUUUUUUUUUUUUAAAUCUCCUCAACAACAACAACAACAACAACAAAGCAGGAUACAAAAGGACAAACUAAAGAAUUCUGGAAGGAAAGCAAUCUUCUAUAUCGUAAAACAUCACAAGACUGCACCCAUGGAUUUUUCUUUGAAAGUGAACACUAUUCUUUAUUUGCCUCAGUGAGGGAUGUAAUGGCACAUGUUGUGUCUGUGUGUGCAAACAGAGCAGUGAGCCGUUGAACCUUUGCAAGGCCUCUUAAUGGCCUUGUAAACUGGGAAUUUACCAGCAGACUGAGUGGCUGUUUAACUGUAUGUGUAUGUGUAUGUGUAUGUGUAUGUGUUUGUGUGCAUACCUGUUUAUGAAUGGCUGUGCAAGCCAGUGAAGUGAGCGUGCACAUGUGUGAGUGGUAAGUUCUAGAGGUACACUCUACUCUCAUUUCUUUCCUGGAAUUCUCUCAGUUUGUUCUGUCCCCUCACUUCUCUAGUUUCCCUAAGUUCUGAGGGGUAUUUCUUAGCUUAUUUAAAUACUUUGUCAUAACAAAGUUGGUUUUGAUGAUGAAUUACCUCUCUGUUCAUGUGAGAAGAGUGUAAUGCAACACAAAGAAUAGGAUAGGACUCCAAAUUGACCUUUUAACCACCACAAUCAAUUGUUGAGCAUGUUGGAAUGUGGCUGAAGGUGCUGAGAGAGGAAGGUUAUGUGUUGAUCAUGUUAGUGUUGAACUAGGAAACCUCUGAGUUAUGUGUUGAUCAUGUUAGUGUUGAACUAGGCUGGCAGAAACAAACACCAUUUCACUUUGUUAACAAUAGCAGGCUUGGCCAUGCUGAUGUUCCAUCAUCCUUUUGUAAUGUAUUCAAUGGACAUGUAUGAGUGUACUGAAUAAAACACAAAUCCAUUUUGUAAA